ACAUCCUCGCUACAUUUAGCUAACUGCUGCGUCUCAUGCUAAGCUAUCAAACAGGUUGUUCAUGAUUAACGGAGUGAAGGUUUCAUCGUGGGGCGGACUUUGACAACACUCUGAGACUCAUGUGGAAACACGAAUAUGUGACAGCAUCCAAAAAACCCUGACAAUGGAGAAGGAGAGCAACCCGACUUUUGCUGCUGUUUCUCCUCGGGCUUUGGGUCCAAAACACCAGAUGAAACGAAUGAGUCGGACUCCUGAUCCUUCCUCAGCUGCAGCUCCUCCCCUAAUCUUACCAAAUCCUUAUGUGUCCAACCUCACUUCUGCAAGGAAUUGGACAGAUCUGAGCCAAAAAAAAGCAGGAAAGGGGGAAGAUGCUUCCAGAAGUCAGGGCUUCAGCAGCAGACGUCCUGUUAAAGAGGCCAGUUACAGAGAUAAGCCUAUUUGGGAUCCACAAUUUAAGGCUUCAAAAAGCAGCAAUGAACCACAGGGCAGACACGGGGGCAAAAACUCAAUGGAUGCACAGAAAAAAGGUGUCAGACAUGCCAGGUCAGCCCCAGCCUCUGGAAGGAACUCCACACCAGCGCAGGCAGAUUUUGUCCCGUUUGAAGUCAAGAUGGUGGAUUUUCCAGAGUUAGCCAGCGAUUUGCAGAAAACAGCGUCCUGUGCUGGAGCGCCAAAAGACCGCUGGGGUCCAAGUCCUCACUGCAAAAAUCCACAAACUGAGAGGACUUCCUGGAGGGCUGGCAGAAAUGAGGCUCCAGCAGAGCUUAGCUCCUUGCAAAACACCAGCCCUCUUAACCCAGCAGAUCAGCCAGUGAUCACAUCAUGGGCCAACAUUGCCUCUCAGCCCCCCAAGAAACCUGAUGUUACCGACAGGAAAACAAACCACAGUGACUUGCAGACAAAAGACAUCACUGCCCCUAAAGAGGAGGGAACUGCAGGAAAGAAAAAGCGAAAGCGGAAAAAGAAAUCCAAAAGCAACGCUGAAGAUGCAGAACCAGAAUCAGAGAGCCCGUUUCAUUAUGAGCCUCCAAAGCUUGAGGAUGCAGAAGAAUUUCCUGACUUGGCACUGAGUUUAACUGGGGUUGAAAAAUUAUCAACCAGCAGCAGAACAAAGCUAUGCAAUGAGAAAGCAGAGAAAGUGUCGGGGAAAAAAAGCAAGGCCCCUGUCCAGCUGGACAUCGGUAACAUGUUGGCCGUCUUGGAAAAAAAGCAACAGACUCAAAAAUCGAAGCAGGACACAAAGCCGGUCAUUCUCUCUGUUGGUGGAGGACUACCAGUGGUCCAGAAGCAGACGGCGGCUGUCAAAAAAUCACCCUGGCAACAGGAUAAAAUUGCACACAAUCCACUUGACUCUACCAGCCCUUUAGUUAAAAAAGGAAAGCAAAGAGAAGUGCCUAAAGCCAAGAAGCCUACUCCACUGAAGAAGGUCAUUUUAAAAGAAAGGGAAGAGAGAAAACAGAGACGUCUGCUAGAGGAGAGAGGACUGCUGCCUGAAAAUGAUUCUGAAGUUGCUAACGAUGCUACAGAGGAGCAGAACGACUCAAAUGACCCAGAAGAGAUUCAGAGUUUCUCACAAGAAUUUGAUGAACAGCUGAAUUUAAACGGUACAAACCCUGAAACACAAGAGGCCGAUGAAGACACAGAAAAAGAUGCUGGUAAUCAGCAAGAUCUCAGCGACUCUGAGCCCCAACAGACCAACGUUCCCAAAAUUCACAGCAGGAAGUUUAGAGACUACUGCAGCCAGAUGUUGAGGAAAGAUCUGGACGAGUGCGUGACAUUGCUUCUGAAGGAGCUGGUCCGUUUCCAGGAUCGGCUGUACCAGAAGGAUCCCAUGAAGGCCCGGAUGAAGAGGCGGAUUGUGAUGGGCCUUCGAGAGGUCCUAAAACACCUCAAACUAAAGAAGGUCAAGUGUGUCAUCAUCUCGCCAAACUGUGAACGCAUCCAGUCGAAAGGUGGACUGGAUGAGGUUCUGCACACGAUCAUCAACAUGUGUCGCGAGCAGGGUGUGCCGUUCGUAUUCGCACUUUCCAGGAAAGCGUUGGGCCGCUGUGUCAACAAGGCUGUACCCGUCAGCCUCGUGGGCAUCUUCAACUACGACGGUGCACAGGACUUUUAUCACAAGAUGAUUGAAUUGUCAUCUGAGGCCAGGAGAGCCUACGAAGUGAUGCUGACCAGCCUGGAAACGGAGGAUGAUGCAAAUGCAGAGCAAAUAAACAGCCUGUCUGAGGAGUCCGAGCCUGGACCUGACACCGGGUGGUCCGAGAAACCUCAGUACUUUAAAUUGUGGGAGAAGAUUCUGGAGGAUGAAAGCAGCCGUGCUUUUCUGAGCCAUGCGGAGCAGCUCCUGGACAGUGAAUGUACAGAAAUCCCUGAAGAGGAGAGGAGUUGACUGCAGCGAAUGUUUCCUCGGCUAUAAAAGAAGGAAAAAAAAA